AUGGAGAAAGGCCUCAUUACUUUCCUUUUGCUCAUCUGUCUCGUUACCUUUCAGGCCGAAGCUUGGUGGACGCAUUCUUGCUGUGCUUGUGCAGAUGACUUGGUACGAGGAGACGAUUUCAUGAUCUUCACUGGAGGCAUUGAUGAUGAAGAUCUUGGCAAAAGUGAUGCCGUCAAUUAUCCUGCAAGUAGACGUGGACGUACCUUGUAA